CGGAACUGGUCGAUGCAGAUUUCAUGAACUAAUUUCCUGAUUAAGAUUUGUGUCUCAAGUAUGUCUGACGGAGAAAAUCGUCCGCUUUUACGCAGUGAUUCCAGCACAAGUUCAAAUUAUCAAAAUGAGAGCUCCCUUACGUUUUCAAGCAAAUGGGGCCUUGUUUUGUCGUGCCUGGGCUGUGUGAUAGGAACAGGAAAUAUCUGGAGAUUUCCAAGGAUAGUUGCCAAUAACAGUGGAGACAAAGGCGGACUCCACUUUUUGUUGGUGUGGUUAUUAUUUCUUGGUCUGUGGUCAAUACCAGUGAUUCUGAUAGAGUAUUCUGUUGGUCGAUAUACAAGAAGGGCUCCAGUCAAAUCAUUCCGAGCACUACGGGGACCCUGGUCAUUAUGGUGUGGUGGAUGGAUGGUGAUAGUUGUUAGUUGCAUUGCGUCAUAUUAUGCUGUGGUGGUUGGCUGGUGUUUUUAUUAUGUCUUUCACUCCAUUUCCUAUCACCUGCCUGAAUCAUUGGAAGCAAGCCAGGCUAUUUGGCAUCAUUUACAGGAUCGCAAGUGGUUACCAGUCCUCCUUCUGUUUUUAAGCCUGUUGUUUGCUGGUGUCUCAAUAACCAGAUCCGUGUCAUCCAUUGAAAGAGUGAACAUUGUCAUCAUGCCACUUCUGUUACUUGUACUGGUGGUAUCAUUCUAUUGGUCGCUGACUUUGAAAUAUGCGUCAUUUGGAAUUACUUACCUCUUCACACCAGAUUGGGCUGAAUUAGGAACCUUACGUCUUUGGGUGGAUGCAGCCUCUCAGAAUGCUUGGGACACAGGUGCUGGUUCAGGGUUAUUUUUAACAUAUGCAACAUACAUGUCCAGACGGAAUAGUGUGGUCAAAUUAGGAAUCCUUCUUCCACUUUGUAACAAUUUAGUCAGUUUAGUAAGCGCUUUGACACUUUAUUCCACGGUAUUUUCUACAAAGAUGAGAGAGGGAGCUAAUAAAACUGAAAUCGCACGGUUAUUAAGAAAGGACGGCUAUGCUAAUACAGGACUCACCUUUCUUUGGAUGCCAGUUCUUUACGAGCAGCUUGAAACUUCAGGGCGGGUCCUAUCAUCGCUGUUUUUUCUUUGCCUAUCUCUUGGUGGCAUCACUUCACUUUUAGCAAUGAUAGAACUGCCAGUUCGUACGCUUCAAGAGAUGCAAGUUCCUCGAAAAUAUGGUCUCCCCGUGGUUUUAACGCUGUUGUUUUGUUGUGGCUUACCAUCAGCACUGCAUUUGAAAUUCCUUGUCAGUCAGGAUUUUGUUUGGGCGUUCGGUCAAGUCCUCGCCGGUGCUGUUACAAUAUCAUUACCAAUACUUUAUGGCGUGUCCAAAUUUAGGGAGGAUCUAGUCAAUCAGUUUGGACUUGACGACUGGAGACUUCCCAGGAUUUGGGAUUUUAUUGUAAAGUUUCUUGAUCCCGUGAUAGCACUUGCGUUGUUAGCGUCAUUUGUGGUUUACACUGUCGAGCAUGAAGACUCGGCUUGGUACAAGUUCGGAAGAGAAUCGCUGAUGCUGUGUUUUGUCGAGUGGCUUGGUGUGCUGUUGCUAUUGUUGCUGGCAAAUUGUUUCUGGAUCUUUCGUCGUCGUUCUCGCAGAAGAAUUCGUAGAGUAUCCAGCAUACGGGACUCUUGAGUACAAUAAUAAUUAGUUUAUCGCUUAUUUUAAAUAUUUGUUUUCGAUUUUGAUUCUUACAAAUAAGUUAUUUAGAUACCAUUUUAGUUAACCUCCGUUUUAGUUCAAAUAGGAGCAUUUUCGAGUUUUAGUUGAUUUGCCUUCGUUACGCAAUAUGAUUGGUCAACAGCAUUCGCGCAAAAUCAUCAACCAAUUAGAUGGAGAACUAAAAUCAUUUGUGACUUGGUCACCCGCGUUUUCCCGCGCGUUGUAAUUUACCUUUGUUUCUUUAGGUCCUUGCGAUUUCAUUGGUUUGACUUUGCUACGCUUUGUGAUUGGUCAAAAGUGUUUGUUCCAAAUUCUCAACCAAUCAGAUGCAAGACUGAAAUCAAUCGCGACUUGGUCACCCACUUUUUCCUUUACCUAGUGAUUUCCCUUUAUUCUUAUUGGUCUUUACGAUUUCCUUGGUUUGACUUUGCUACGCUUUGUGAUUGGUCAAAAGUGUUUGUUCCAAAUUCUCAACCAAUCCGAUGCAAAACUGAAAUCAAUCGUGACUUGGUCAUCCGCGUUUUCCCGUACCUGGUGAUUUCCCUUUAUUCUUAUUGGUCCUAACGAUUUCCUUGGCUUGGUUAAACUACUCUUAAAUAAAAACCUUCCUUAAGCUCAAAAACUCUUUACUUUGAUGUUAUGAGCAUGUAUCGAUGGCUGGCAUUAUGUUUAUUAAGUGUGUGUUCAAGUUUAAACAAUGUAAAAUCUUUAAACAUUUUCU